AUGGAAGAAGAAGAAGAGCAACCACCUACAUCAACAUCUCAACCCCAACAAUCUCAGGAAUCCCAACAAUCUCAGCCUCAAUCUCAAGACAUUACUAUUCCUCAAACAGGCCCUGGUGGUCGAGAAAUAGUAGCAGCUCAUGAACCGACUCAUCCUUCUCAUCGUGAAACAUCUUUAUUAUCAGGAGGAAUUGGUAGUAUAAGGGGUCCAUAUCAAUAUGCUCCAUAUCCUCCAUAUACUAUGGAAACUCAACAAGAUACUCGAGUGAAUGUAGGAGAUUCUUCGAAUAUUUAUGGCACAGGAUAUGAUAAUUUGUUAAUGGGCCCACCUCAUAAUAGAGGUGCUAGGCCUAGAAGACUCCAAGAUAGGAGCUUUAGCCGGGGAAUCUUUAUGAAAUUUUUAUGGGCUUUGACUGCUUUAGCAAAUCUGGGGAUUGUGAUUGGAUGUGGGUUUUUGGUAUAUUAUUACAUAAAUAGUUCUAUCCAGUCUAUUUAUGAAAUCAUUGCAAAAUAUGUGAUUAUUUUAUAUCUUGUAUUAGAAGGUGUAUUUCGAUUAGUUAAUGCAUUUCAAAUACAUGACUUUACAGAAGGGAGAUUUAGAUUACAUGAAGGAAUUUUGGUGUUACUAUGUUAUCUUCUUUUUGGAAGAGUUCAACUAACUGAUAGCCAAAUAAUUAAAUUAGCUAACGCAGCAGAUAGUACUUGUUUCAUAAUAAUGACAUUAUUCGCCAUGCAUCUAUGGUUAAUUGAGAAAGAAUCAAAUCCAAUUUUUUCCACAGAACGUAGGUCACGUCGAAUUGAAGUCUAUUUGGCUGUCCCAAUUAUAUACAUCACGUUCAUGCGUAUAUGGCUUUAUAAGGCUGACCCUGUACCUACAGUUCAACCGCAGGAAGAAACACCAUUAGCUACAGCUACGGGAGGUCAUAGAUUAGGUGUAAGGGUUGAAAAUUACGAAACUUAUUAUAGAAUGGAAAAAAAUACUUAUUGUGACAAAUGUGUUUACGGAUGUUGUAUGUUAUGUGAUAAGUGUUGUGCUUCAACAUAUUCGAUAUGCUGUAGUUGUUAUGAAUGGGAUUAUGUUCCUUGUGACUGCGGAAUAUGUGAUUGUAAUGGUGCUAUUGCUUCAUGUUGUGGAGGAUUUUUUAAUGCUUUAUAU